GGGUCUCUACUUUUGCAACGCACACCUCUGAUCCCACUCUUAAGGCCGGAGCGGCAGCUGGCGGAGAUUAGACGAGUCAGCGACACGGACGUAUAGCACCGGCUGAGAUCGGGUUUGGGCUGGUGAACCUUUUUGAGUUUGCCUUUGUUUUGACAUCUCGAGAAUCGACAAUUUUGAAUGUGAGCGUUCUGUACCGAUCCCGCUUUGGCCAUGAGUUAUUUCGGAUACCGCCGGGAGCUGAGCAAGUACGAAGACGUGGACGAGGAUGAGCUCCUGGCAUCGCUCAGUCCCGAAGAGCUGGCCGAGCUGGAGAAGGAGCUGGUGGACAUCGACCCCGACGCCAACGUGCCCAUCGGGCUACGGCAGAGGGACCAGACUGAUAAGACCCCGACGGGGACUUUCAGCAGAGAGGCGCUCAUGAAAUAUUGGGAAGCUGAGACUCAGAAAAUCCUGGAAAAGGAAAUUGGAGGAGCGAGCCCGAAAACGGACGAAGAAGAUGAAGGCGUGACAGACAGAAACAGCGAAUCCGAGGACGAGAAGGACGACGAAAGCGAGAAAGAGCAGAAAAAGCAACUGGAGGAGGAAGAAGAGGAGGAUGAAGAAGAGGAAGAAGAUGAGGAGAGCGAGGAGGAGGAGGAGGAGGAGGAAGAGGUCGUAACAGAGGAGGACAACGACGACGACGAUGAAGAAGAAGAAAACACUCGCGUUGAGCCCGUCGCGCCGUCGCUGCCGCCGAUCGUCGCGCCGCAGCAGCUGAAGCCCCAGCGGGCGGAGCCUGUCCCAUUGACUCCUCCCCCUCCACCUCCAGACCCGAACGCCAGCGGGAAUCCCACCGUGGUGGACGAGGCCCUGCAGCGGGCCCUGAGUGACGACCCCGAGCUCACAGAAGUCAACUUGAAUAACAUUGACGACAUCUCGCAGGAGACCCUAAUCCGAUUCGCCGAAGCCCUGAGGUCCAACACGCACGUGCGCGUCUUCAGCCUCGCCAAUACCCACGCAGACGACCCGGUGGCUGUGGCCGUCGCCAAGAUGCUGCGGGAGAACUCGUCCAUCGUGAGCCUCAACAUCGAGUCCAAUUACGUGAGCGGCAAGGGGGUCCUUGCGCUGGUCCAAGCCAUGCCCGGGAACAACACCCUGACCGAGCUCCGGUUCCAUAACCAGAGGCAUAUUUGCGGAGGGCAGGUAGAGAUGGAGAUGGUGAAGAUACUUCGGGAGAACCACACCUUGAUCAAGCUGGGCUACCAGUUUAACCUACCCGGACCCAGGAUGAGCAUGACGGGCAUCCUCACCAGAAACCAAGACCGUCAGAGGCAGAAGCGACUGCAGGAGCAGAGGCAACAACAGCAACAGGGGGCGCCGGAAGGAGCCGCCAAUCCACGGACCGCGGCGCUGAGAGGAACACCCUGCAGCUCACCUCGAUCCUCUCCUUGGUCCUCCCCCAAAGUCCCGCGGAGCAACUUGGCUAAAAAGCAGACACCUCCAGCACCACCUCCACCACCUCCUCCUCCUCCGCCACCUCCCCCUCCUCCGCCGCUGCUUCCCUCUCGCCAGGAGAAGAAGAAGCCCACCCGGACCAUCGCCGAGGUGAUCAAAUCCCACGAGGCCAGCAGCAAGAAGGCCAAGGGCAAAGGGAAGAAGGGCAAGAAGGGCAAGGCCAAGGACGAGACCACCAGCAUCCUCAAGGAGCUGAAGAACGCGUUGAGGCCCGUGGCGGCGGAAAGACGGGGGGAAGAGAGCAGCAGGCCGUCCACGCCGAUGAGGUCGGCCCACGACCAGCUGAUGGACUCCAUCCGGAACAGCAGCAUCCGGAACCUGAGGAAGGUUGAACUUCCAUUGCACCUACGAUAAUACAGAAGAGGAAGAUGCCGUGGGAACUAGCUGGGAUACGCGAAGAUCAACAGCAAUU